GGCACCAAGGCGCGCGCGGAGCGAGGUGGCCGCAGCGUCCCCGCGCGCGGCCGGGACCGGCAGGAGCGCGGAGCCGCUGCCGCCGCUUCUGCCGCCUCGGCCAUGCGGCUCCAAGGCCGAGGGCCUGGCCUGGGGCCUGCGCCUCCCCCAGCACGCCGCCCCCGCUGAGCCCACGCCCGGCCGGCCGGGGCGCCACCCGGCACCAUGGUGCAGAAGUCGCGCAACGGUGGCGUGUACCCCGGCCCUAGCGGGGAGAAAAAGCUCAAAGUGGGCUUCGUGGGGCUGGACCCCGGCGCGCCCGACUCCACUAGGGACGGCGCUCUGCUCAUCGCCGGCUCUGAGGCCCCCAAGCGCGGCAGCAUUCUUAGUAAGCCGCGCGCGGGCGGCGCAGGUGCCGGGAAGCCCCCCAAGCGCAACGCCUUCUACCGCAAGCUGCAGAAUUUCCUCUACAACGUGCUGGAGCGGCCCCGUGGCUGGGCAUUCAUCUACCACGCCUACGUGUUCUUGCUGGUCUUCUCCUGCCUGGUGCUGUCCGUCUUCUCCACCAUCAAGGAGUACGAGAAGAGCUCCGAGGGCGCCCUCUACAUCCUGGAAAUUGUGACCAUCGUGGUGUUUGGAGUGGAGUACUUCGUGCGCAUCUGGGCCGCCGGCUGCUGCUGCCGGUACCGCGGCUGGCGGGGGCGACUCAAGUUCGCCCGGAAGCCUUUCUGUGUGAUUGACAUCAUGGUGCUCAUCGCCUCCAUUGCCGUCCUGGCCGCGGGCUCGCAGGGCAAUGUCUUCGCCACGUCUGCGCUCCGGAGCCUGCGCUUCCUGCAGAUCCUGCGCAUGAUCCGCAUGGACCGGAGGGGGGGCACCUGGAAACUGCUGGGCUCUGUGGUCUACGCCCACAGCAAGGAGCUGGUGACUGCCUGGUACAUUGGCUUUCUCUGCCUUAUCCUGGCCUCAUUCCUGGUAUACCUGGCAGAGAAGGGUGAGAAUGACCACUUCGACACCUACGCAGACGCACUCUGGUGGGGCCUGAUCACCCUGACCACCAUUGGCUACGGGGACAAGUACCCCCAGACCUGGAACGGGAGGCUCCUGGCAGCAACCUUCACCCUCAUCGGGGUCUCCUUCUUCGCCCUUCCUGCGGGCAUUCUGGGGUCUGGCUUUGCCCUGAAAGUGCAAGAACAGCAUCGGCAGAAGCACUUUGAGAAGAGGCGGAACCCGGCCGCGGGCUUGAUCCAGUCGGCUUGGAGGUUCUACGCCACCAACCUGUCCCGCACGGACCUGCACUCCACCUGGCAGUACUACGAGCGCACCGUCACCGUGCCCAUGUACAGCUCACAAACUCAAACCUACGGGGCCUCCAGACUCAUCCCACCUCUCAACCAGCUGGAGCUGCUGAGGAACCUCAAAAGCAAAUCGGGACUCACCUUCAGGAAGGAGCCCCAGCCUGAGCCCUCUCCAAGUAAAGGCAGACCGUGCAGAGGGUGCCUGUGUGGAUGCUGCCCCGGACACUCUAGCCAGAAGGUCAGUUUGAAAGACCGUGUCUUCUCCAGCCCCCGAGGCGUGGCCGCCAAGGGGAAAGGGUCUCCCCAGGCCCAGACGGUCCGACGGUCACCCAGCGCUGACCAGAGCCUCGAGGACAGUCCAAGCAAGGUGCCCAAGAGCUGGAGCUUCGGCGAUCGCAGCAGGGCACGCCAGGCUUUCCGCAUCAGGGGCGCUGCGUCCCGGCAGAAUUCGGAAGAAGCAAGUCUCCCUGGGGAGGACGCAGUGGAGGACAACAAGAGCUGUACCUGUGAGUUCGUGACCGAGGACUUGACCCCUGGCCUCAAAGUCAGCAUCCGAGCUGUGUGUGUCAUGCGAUUCCUGGUGUCCAAGCGGAAGUUCAAGGAGAGUCUGCGGCCCUACGACGUGAUGGAUGUCAUCGAGCAGUACUCCGCUGGACACCUGGAUAUGCUGUCCCGCAUCAAAAGCCUGCAGUCCAGGAUAGAUAUGAUUGUGGGCCCCCCACCCCCUUCAACUCCCCGGCACAAGAAGUACCCCACCAAAGGACCCACGGCCCCUCCGAGAGAGUCACCCCAGUACUCACCUAGAGUGGACCAGAUCGUGGGGCGUGGCCCGGCGAUAACGGACAAGGACCGCACCAAGGGCCCUUCCGAGGCGGAGCUGCCAGAGGACCCCAGCAUGAUGGGACGCCUGGGCAAGGUGGAGAAGCAGGUCUUGUCCAUGGAGAAGAAGCUGGACUUCCUGGUGAGCAUCUACACGCAGCGCAUGGGCAUCCCGCCCACAGAGACCGAGGCCUAUUUCGGGGCGAAAGAGCCGGAGCCAGCGCCGCCAUACCACAGCCCCGAGGACAGCCGGGAGCACGUGGAGAAGCAGGGCUGCAUCGUCAAAGUCGUCCGCUCCAGCAGCUCCACUGGCCAGAGGAACUUCUGCGCGCCCCCCGCCCCAUGCCCGCCGUCCACCUCGUGGCAGCAGCAGAGCCACCAGCGCCAUGGCACCUCCCCCGUGGGGGACCACAGCUCGCUGGUGCGCAUCCCGCCGCCGCCUGCCCACGAGCGGUCGCUGUCCGCCUACAGCGGGGGCAACAGGGCCAGCACCGAGUUCCUGAGGCUGGAGGACGCUGCGGUCUGUAGGCCCCACGAGGCCGCCCUGCGGGACAGCGACACGUCCAUCUCCAUCCCGUCCGUGGACCACGAGGAGCUGGAACGUUCUUUCAGUGGCUUCAGCAUCUCCCAGUCCAGGGAGAACCUGGACGCCCUCAGUGGCGGUUACGCGGCUGCGGCGCCCUGCGCCAAGGUCAGGCCCUACAUCGCCGAGGGCGAGUCCGACACAGACUCGGACCUCUGCACGCCCUGCGGACCUCCGCCGCGCUCUGCCACGGGGGAGGGCCCCUUUGGCGAGGUGGGCUGGGCCGGGCCCAGGAAGUGAGGGCGCAGGACCCGCCCACGCCGCUCUGCCUGUCCCUUUUGGGGGUGUGAGCUCUGCGGGGUCUCUUCUGGAGUGACGUGUGCUGUGGGGCACCUGUGGGGCUGUCAGGCCCACUUGCCGGUGCAGGCAGCCCGGCUCCUUGGCUGGUGCAGUGACAUUUUGCAAAAGUUCUUUUCCAACCAGGGGCUGAAGGAGCACCCUGCAGCAACAAGCUGCUCAGCAGGGACAGACCUGGCCCAGCUAGUGAGGGGGGGCCAAGUGACCAAGGGGGCAUGGCUAUGGGGGUGUGGCCCGGGAGCAGGGCCCAGGAGGGUGUGGCUGGGGCAGACUUGCCCCUGACAGUGUGGCCUUGAGUUCUGGGGGGUGCCUAGCGAGGGCUUCAGUUCAGGAGGGUGUGACAGGCCACUGGGCAUGGCCUGUCCUGGCACCUGACCACUUGUCCCCGGGUUCCUCUGUGUGUGAGGAGCUGGGCAAGACCCCCACCCCUGGGUGCCUGGCUGGAGAGUUGCCGGCCAGCAUCCCCGACCCCUGCCAGCUCCGUGGGCCUUGCCAAGGGAGUGGGUUGGAGUUCAGGACCCCUUGCCUGGAGCUGAGAAAGGAGUGAGGCCUUGGGGACAAAACCCAAGCUCACAGUCACUCUGGACCCUCCUGAAAGGCCCACCCUGCAGCCUCCCCGGAUAGGGAAUUUCAAAGUUCCAUCUGCCCUGACCCGGGGUCUCCCAAGCCCACAGGAGCCACAGCUUCCCAGCCACAGGAGUUCUGGGUGAGUCCCCAUGAUGUGUCCUUUCUCCUCACUGCCCUGGCUGGGUGCUGGUCACCAGGCUGUGGCUAGCCCUUUGAGCAACCCACACUGUCCUUAGCCAGGAUUCACCCUGCUGGUCCCGCACCUGUGCUCCAGCAGACCAAGGCAGGGCUGGCUGGGGCCAUCGCUGGGCAGGAAAGCCCUUUGGUCAGCUGGCUCACCCACUGCAGAGGGCUGCUGUGUGUUCUUCCCACUACAGCUGGCCACCCUGGUCAUACUCUCCACUGGUGGGUCCCUGGCUAUGGCCUCCCAGUGUUUUGGGAGUUGAGACAUCCCUUCCCUGGGCCCUAGUGAGCAGGGACCUUGUUCCCUCCUGUCUGGGUGCCUUGGCCCACUGGGUAUUCAGCUUUAGGGGCCUGUGUCCAGCCACCAGGAUGCAGAGGGGGAUGUUAUGGUCCUGUGGCCUGGGGCCUAGCAGCCUCUGGCAUUCUGGCGAUGGCACCCCCAGCUUGUCUGGAAGGAGCCCUCUUGCCGGCUGGAAGAACUUUGAAGCAGGGUUAGGGGGUAACAUGCCCCUGGCCAUUGGAGGUCGUGGGCACUUGGGGACCUUGGGAAACUGUCAUCAGCAGUGGGUUAGUGGCUGUUGCAGCCUCAGUGCCCCUGCCAGGGCACUCAGGAGCUACCUGGGGCACACGGAUGGGCUGCCUGUCAGGAGCCACAGACACAUUCUCCUGACAGAUCCACAUGGCAUUGUGGUUUUCAAGGACGGUAUCAUGUGGCAGAGAGCCCUCCAGUGGGGAGAAAUGUCCCUUCCAGUGUGGGUGGCCACCCAACACCAAUUCCUCUGGCUACUUUAGGCCUCGGAUCUGAGUCCUCCUUGGUGUGGCACAGGGAGGUUCCAGCUGGGCCCACUGGCAGGAGGACAAGGUCAGCCAGCUCCAACACACCGCCAGCCCUAGCCCACUCCCUGCUGGGGCCCAAGGUCCCAGGAUGCUCUCAGCCUGUGCAGGCUCCAGGACCUGGGGGAGGGACUCUUUCCCUGAGGGAGGUUUGUUCCUGCCUUACCUGUGGCAGCAUGUUGUGUGCCUCAGACACAGUGGGCACCUGAGGUACCAGGGCUGGGGCUCUGCAGGGUGAGUAUGGCAGACAGUGGCCUCUCUAGGAGCCCCAGCCACUCUGCAGACAGCAGGAUGACAUUCCUUAGGUUGCAAGAGGAGGGGUAAAGGCUACACUGUUGGCCACUCUGCAUCAGGAAGGAGGGUUGGUGUCCUGGCCAUGCAGUCUGGCCCCUGGGGAAGGGAAGGUGUUGGACUCUGUGGGAUGGUCUGGGGGCCCAUUCUAGGCAAUGAAAGGUAGAAGCUCCUUCUUGGGCCUGCAGACCCAGGCCUGAGCAGCACAGCUGUCCACUGCCCCUGGGCAGCUGUCUUACCCUUAGAGAAGGAAGCUGGAGGUUUGUGUGAGAAAUGUGUGCACUUUCUUGGGGCCAGUGGCCACCCUGUGGCACACGUUUCCUGAGACAAGACAUUGUUAGAGCAUGCAUACCCAUGUGCCCACGUGCCCACUGACACAUACAGGUCUGCAUAAGACUCUCCUGCAUGCUCACAGACCACGCACGCCAGGUGCACACUUUCACACACACAGGAGAUGUGCACUCACAUGAACACACAAAACUCACAUAUGCACACCAGUGCAAGCUCACAGCAGGUGCACUGUCACACAUACUCACAUAUAAAGCACAUUCACAGACAGUACAUGUACAUAUACAACCACAUGUGGCCAGUACACAAUCAUGCCCACACAUGCUCACACACAUGCACAUGUAAGCGCACAGUCUGCGUGUGCAGACACAUGCACACACCCACCACGACUCCGACUUGGGCUGCCCUUUGUCUCUGGCCUUUUUCUCUUUGACUUUUCCUGAUUUAGGCUGCCCAGGGAGGGAGCCACAGGAAUUAAUGACUUUACACAGAAGGUUCUGGAAUGCUGAACACUAGGUGGGGGUUCCCACUGUCCAAGGCUCCUGGACCAGUGCCAGAGGGGCAACCUUGAGCCCAUUAAGGGCCCCAUGCUGCCUUCUCCUGGGCUGGCUGGGCAGCUGUCCAGCACUUGUGGCCUGCUGAAGGCCUAGGGGAGCCAGGUGGGGACCGGGGGUUCCAGCACCCUCUGGUGUCCAGACCUGUUCCAGCUUAGCUGUGCUGGCCACCUGUGCCAUUCUUAGACAUGGCUUGGCCUCGUCACCCCAGGUCCUGUCUCAAACAGGUAUUGCAUGUCCACCAUGACAUUUCUGUCCCCCUGGUCACAGACUUCGAAGUCCACCCCAUCUGCAGUGGCUGGGACACCUGGAGGGUAGGCCACCUUCUCCCACCUCCUGCUCUAGGCAGGGAAGGUGGCAGGGCCACGCCAGGUUCUCAGGAAACCUAUUUAGGUGGGGAUCGUCCCCGAUGCUUCCUGAAGGCAAAAUGGGCCGAGGGCUGGGAAGCCUUUUGGAAACACUGGGGUGCGUUUGGGCCACCCCGCCUGUAAGUGGUGUACAGAGUGGAGGCUGUGGAUUUAUGAUGGAUCUGGGCCUGCACAGCCAGCAGAUAACACUUCAGCUGCCCUCCAUGGUCACAACCCUGUAAAACAAACAUGGUGGGGGUGGACAGCACAGCCCAUUCAGAGUAGACUUAGAGGGUCUGGGUCAUCUUGUGUCCCAGCGGGGCGGGUUGGCUUCUGAGUGAGAGGCUCUGCCCAUGGCCCCUGUGGGGCCCCAGUGCACAUGGCUGGGGCAGACCUGGCACGGCCCUCAGCACUCUCAGCCAUGGUGCAGACUGCCUGUCCUGUGUCAACCUCCUGGGCUACCUGCUUAUGUAUGGGAUGUGAGCUGUGAGGUACAGAGGGCUGGGCAUGGCCUCAGGGUCCACAGGCCAGAACUGCUGCCCAGGCCAGCUGCUCUGGUUCUGCCUGGGCCCCAGCUGAGGCCCAGAACCACCACGGAGGGGAGGUGGGGGGGCUUCCCUACUCAAGGGCAAACCCCACUUUCUCUCCCCUCUCUGAGACUUGAGCUCCUCCAACUGCACACCAGUUCAUUCUGUGUGCCCAGAGCCAGAAUGAAGGGGGACGUGGUUUGCUGUCUAGUGAGUGGGGCUAAGAACCAGCUCAGGAAGAGGAGUGUGAGGGAGAGGGCAGCGGAGGGAAGGUGCUCUGUGGGAGGUGGAGCCCUUGCAGUUCUGCAACCUUGGUGCCCACAGCAGGGUUGAGUGAGCACUUGAUGCUGGCCUUAUACCCUGGCAGACCCAGGGUGCUGAGUCUCAGUGGCCCUGCCCCAGAGUUCUGCAGUGUCAAACCCUCUGUCUGGGGCCGAGAGGAGGGAAUGGUUCCUGGGUCUCCUGGGCAGGAGGGCCCAUGGCUGAACGCCGCACAUCUAACUUGGACUGGGUUAUACAAAGUCGUUGCCUUAAAAGCAUUGUUGACAGAAACUCACUGAGGUCAGCCCAGACCCCUGGCCUCUGUCAGGCUUGGACACCUGGGCCCCGCCUCUGGGUCAGGCAGCAUGGGGCAGUCGCGAGCAGCGGAGGUCUCUCGGUUGCUUCAUGCAGAGGCGCUCGCGUUGGCUGUCCCUUUUGCUGCUGCCAUCCGCCCAGGCCAGCCUGGUGCACCCCAUGCCCGCACCCAUGCGCUGCAGUCUGUCUGGCCAGGGUGGCUGCAGCUCCCCACGCACCCUCCCGCCAUCGGCCGCCUUUGCACUUUUGUUCAUGCUCCAAAGAAUUCUUCAUGAUGCCUUUGUGCUGACGCGCACCUCUGCCCACUGCGUGCACCUAUGGACCGCGGCCUCCACCCUGCUCGUUUGUGAAUGUGCUGCCGCUACACACUCGGAACUAGAGCUUGUGCCCCAUCUCCUAGGGACAGACACCAGGGGACAAGCACUGGUCUUCUAACGGAUUAGCCGAGAUGCCAACUCAGCACGGACAGGUUGAUGCUUGUGUUACAUGAAUGGGCCAGCUCAGGCUUGCCCAGGGGACUCUGGGUGCAGAAUCCCACGCCAGGGAUGCACAUAGACAGUUCUGGAAAGUUCUGCUGCCAUGGGGCCAAGUCCAGAUGCCCAGUGGGCCUGUGCACUUAAUAAAUGCAGUGAUUCAACCUGGA